AAAAACAUCGUUGCCUUGCAACCGACACUCGUGCAUGUACCUGCACCUUGCAAAGUCAUCGGGGAUCUCCAUGGGCAGCUCAGAGACAUGUUGUUGCUACUAAGUAGUUUCGGUUUCCCAUCGCAUUAUGGGGGCGACAUUGAGAGCACUGCUUACAUCUUCAACGGUGAUUGGGUGGAUAGAGGAUGCCAUCAACUCGAAGUUGUCGUGCUUCUCUGUGCUCUCAAGAUUCUUUAUCCUCUCAAGAUUUUUCUUGUUCGAGGAAACCACGAAUUUCGAGCUCAAAAUGAGUUCAUGGGCAAGGUCGGUUUUCGGCAAGCCUGUAUAACCGCAUUGGGGGAGCAGGAGGGAGAGAAUGUAUAUCACUCGGUACACGAAGUCUUCGAUUGGCUUCCUCUGUCAGCUCUGAUUGAAGAUAGCAUCCUCACGUUACAUGGAGGACUAGGCGAUGGAACAUGGGGAUUGAAAAACCUCGCUGACGACAUCCCUCGGCCGUUGAGAAACGAGGACCCAGCGAUGAAAGAACUGACCCGGUUUCAAAAGGUACUCUGGUCUGAUCCGACUGACUCGGAUGCUUUUAUGGCUCAUGGUGUGCAUCCCAACCCUAGAGGUUCACACAUACAAACAUUUGGUCAAGACAUCACACAUAAAUUUUGUUUGAGAGAAGGAGUUCAGUGCAUCAUACGGUCUCAUCAAUGUGUAAAGGAUGGAUACAAGAUCAUGCAUGGCGGACGUUUGAUCACCUUGUUCUCAGCGAGAAAUUAU